AUGAAUAUCAAUGCCCUGCUAUCUCCAGACGCGGACGACCCUUCCACUGGAGGAAAUACCGAAUCGUCGGGAGCUUCGCCGCAGGAGUCGCGUGUGUCACGGCCGGGCAGCAAACGCACCCACUCUGCUUUGAGUCAGGAAAUCACUCGCUCGCCCGACAGACCAGGUGAAUCGCCGCUGGAAAACCAAUCCGCGCAGCAACAACACCACCACUACCAUCACGCGCAAUCAACGCCAACCAGCUACCCAAUCUCCGGAUCCCAGCUGCCUUCACAUGGAAAUCCACAGCGACCGGUAGUUCCCCAUCGUCCAAUAUCAAAUUCAUCAGUGGAUGCGACGGCUGACCUCACACGCCCACAGCGCCAACAGAGCGUUCGAACACAUUCCGGGAAUAGCGUUCUCUCCGCCCGUCACUCCGAAGUGGAAUCCCACUCUGGGUCACCGCAUCGAUCUCCACUUCACUCGCGCAACAGCGGCGGUGCUCCCCCAAUUUUGCGUGGCAUCUCGCGCCAGUCUCUAGCCGACCUGACCAUGGCUGAGGCGCCUUCGCAGACGCCGCCACCGCGCGACUUCACCUCGGAUGCCUUGUCGGACUCCGACUCCAGGACGAUCAAUGAGCUUCUGAAUUUCCUGCGCGAGCAUUCCUACGCGUAUUCUCAACACGUUCAGCUCAUAGGCCUUCUCCACAAGGGCUUCCUCUUGCAUGUUGACCCGGCGGCAGAGGGCCUGACUGCCCAGCCAUCCGCUCCGCAAAGCUAUGCGCUGCUCCACGAGCUGCGUCAGGCCCGUGAGGCAAUGGACACGCGAUUCGCCGUUGGUGAAAUCAUCUGGGCUGAAUGGCUGUCCGACGAGAUGCUCUUGGCAAGCACGAGCGAUGAACGCAUUGCCGUAACGGAGCUUUGCCAAAGGGCCGUUCAGGAUGAGCCUGCUUCCACUAAACUCUGGAUUGCAUUUGUGGACUGGGUGUCGUCCAAUUAUGCAUCGUGCCACAACCUCGAAAACGCCAUCAAUGACAACUGGACUGAAGAAGAUAAGGAAAUUUGCAGAGAUCUUUUCACCAAGGACAUGAUUGUUAGCAUCCUUGAACAAGCUGUUGCGGCAACUCAGUGGCGAAUAGAUGAGAGUCACCUCUUGUGGAACCGUUACGCUCAAAUAGUGCAGGAGAGUCUGCCAAGCAGUCCAUCUUCUGCUGAUGCACAGAAGCUGCAUAGCAUGUUUCUGCAGCGGCUGCAGGUUCCUCAUAUCGCGUGGGGCGAGACCAAACAAAUUUACUGGCCAAUUGUGUCAAGGUUCGAAGGAGAUGCAUACGAAACCGUCUUUGAGCAGGUGGAUCAAGCAGCCGCACCUGCUAAACUUGCCAUGGGGAUUCGCGAGCAAAGCGAGUCGAAGCUCAUGCGUGCAAUUCAAUCUAGAGACAACGAUGCCGUCCAUCGCGAAAUGGUCAAGUACCUCAAGUCAGAAAAAUUCAGGCAUAACAGGAAACCGGGGGUCUUCGAUUUUGACCUGCGAUGCGGACUGUAUGAACGCGCACUGCUGAUCGAGCCCACUAAUACCGAGUGGUGGCUCGACUACGUUGACUUUGUAAUAACCGCACCCACAUCUGUUUCGCAGUCUGUUCUUCCGCUCAUUGAGCGAGCGACGCGUCACUGUCCUUGGUCUGGCGACCUUUGGGCCAGACGCAUCUUACGCGCCGACGUUGAGCGGCGGCCGAGAGACGAAAUCGAGUCCACGAAGCACCGCGCCACAAAUGCGGGUCUGCUCGAUGUUGGUGGUAUGGACGAGUUGGUCAAGAUGCUGCAGGAGUGGUGCAGCUACCUCCGUCGCCAUGCUUUCCGCACUAGCGGCGCCGAGGAUGAUCUCGACACUGCUGAAAUGGGAAUCGGUAUGGCGCUCGAAGAUGUUCAACAAGCCGGCGUCAAGAUUUACGGCCCAGACUUCCUCGGCGAUCCUCUGUUCAGACUGGAGCAGAUUCAGAUCAAGUUUUACACAGAGGCUCGACGGUUCAAAGACGCUCGGAACAUUUACCAACAACUCGCUACCCGUCAUGGCCACUCAUACGAUCUCUGGCACAAGUACUACGUGUGGGAACUGUGGCUCUGGGGCUGGGACCGCGUUCAGGAAGCCAAGCGUGUGGAGACGGACGAGAACGGCCCUGACCUCGCAAGCGCUGUCUUGCAGCAAGCGCUACGGCAACGCAAUUUGGAUCUACCCGAGCAGAUACUACAGCUCUAUCUCGAUCACUUCCGACAGCACGAGUCGGGCACGAGGCUUCAGGUUGCUAUUGCCGAAGGAAGGGAAUUUGCCAAUCGACUCGCGGCUGAUCGAGCAAAGGAGACGGCCAGGGUAGCUGCUGAGAAAUCUCAGCAAUAUCCGAACGAUAUAGACGAAACUGAAGAUACGCAGAUCGCCACAGGAGAGAAGAGGAAACGGGAUGAGACGAGUGCCGUCCGUGGCGAGGCCAGCAAGAAAAUCAAGACGGACCCCAAAAAGCCAGGUUCAGAACAGCCUUCCGCUCAUGCUCUCGACAACAGCAAGCGUGACCGCGAACACAGCACAAUCUCCGUGACCAAUUUGCCAGCUGAUGUUACGGAGGUCGACAUUAAAAAGUUCUUCCGCGACUGCGGCAAUUUUGUGACCAUUAAGAUCCUCCCACCGAAAGACAGCGGACAGCCAGCAUCCGCUACAAUCGAGUUCGAAACCGCCGAAGACGUCCUCGCCGCUCAGACUCGUGAUGGCAAGGAAAUCAAUGGUCAUGUCAUCAGCAUCCACAGCGGAGCGGUGAAUACUCUCUACGUGUGCAAUUAUCCUGCAGAGUAUGAGGAGAACGCCAUUCGAGGUCUGUUUGAUAAGUAUGGUGAGAUUGUCAGCGUCCGGUUCCCGUCACUGAAACUCAACCUUCGUCGGCGUUUCUGUUAUGUAGAGUUUUUGACUGCCGAAAUGGCCAAAAACGCAGAAACUGCCAUGGAUGGGAUGAAAAUUGACGGUCUGCACACCCUGGUUGCGAAGAUCUCAGAUCCUAAUCGCAAGCAAGCGCGUACGGGUGCUCAACAAGAAGGUCGAGAACUGUUCGUAAAGAACUUUGACAAAUUCAAAGACUCGCCUGAGGAGAUAAGAAAGCUCCUCGAGCAAUACGGGGAGAUUGAAAAGUUCAAUCUCAUCCGAACGAUGAACAAUCAGCUCCUUGGUAACGGAUUCGUCGCGUAUAAGACAGCGGAGGCGGCCGCGGAGGCAGUGAAGGGGCUGAAUGAUCUGCCACGAAACGGACGCAUUCUCCACGUCUCCUAUUCUACGCCCAAAGGUCGGACUGCUGCGCCGAUCGAUAGGGCUAGGGUGGAGGACGUCAUUAUCAAGCACGAGAAUGGCUCUCAUCGCGGAUCCAACGUUUCUAUGGGAUCCAACACAGCCCCGGCGGGCUCCAGCGAGUCAACCAGUGGGCGAGCGGAGGACAUCAAAGCUAGAAAGGUCGCCAUCUUCUCGCUCCCAGACACUGUCAACGACGCCCGGAUUCAAGCCGCCAUGGAAAAGUUCGGACCCAUCACCAAGAUCCAGAUCCGGCGCGACAAGGAGGGCGCCAUUGUCGAAUUCAACAACUUGAAGACGGCCUUUCACGUUCGUCAAGGCGUGGAUGUCAGCGAGUUGGGUCCCAAAGUCACCACGGGUGACGUCGGUGAUCUUCUGAAGAAGGAGAAGAAAAAGCCUGCGUUCAUACCACCUGCAGCGGCCCGUGCGUCGCAGAACCGAGGCGGUCGGCGAGGUGGACUUGGAUUCAAGCGGGGCGGAGGAGGCGGUCUGGGCAGUGUCCGCAAUGUGAAUCCACCGGUGGAAGGCUCCAGCGUCCAAGGCGAGAAGAAGAGCAAUUCGGACUUUAGGACGAUGCUGCUUGAGUCGAAGAAGACGGAGAGCAAGACGGAGGCUGAAGAGUAG